CUUGUGGGAAGAGUCAUUCAUAUCCACCAAUCGCGGCUACGGCUACCGAAACGGUAUACAUAUAAUAGAAGCUGGAGGCAGUCUGUCAACUAGUCCAUUUAAAUAUACCAAAGAAAUCGCUCGCAGAAUUUUAAAAGGCAAUAAUCGUGAAUUUAUCGUAGAUUUUACUGGUUUUUGAGGAAAAAUUAAAUGAAACUUCAACAUAGCUCAAGGCACUUGCUGUAUGAAGUAAAUAUUAGAAGAGAUCAUAGAAAAAAGACCAAUCAAACGAAAGAAGUUGAUACAGAAACGUCAAAAAGUGACCAAAGAUUAUCUUACGAAUAUUCAAAAUUUGUUUUCAGUGGAUAUGGUUACGAUAAGCAAGGUUCUAAUCAUAUUAGGAACAUUUCUGUCAAUGACAGAUGGAUUUACACUACCUAUAUUAAAGGAUAAUUACGACAUUGAAACAAUUGAUGUUGAACAAAGAGAAGUACAAAAGAAUGCGGCUGAUAAAUAUCCAUCUGUUCAUCAUUUUGCACGUCAUGGUUUGUGUCGAACGUUAACGGGUAAACGCCUUCUGUAUAAAGCACUGAAGACAAAGCUAUGCGCAAUGACACGUAUGUUUGCUCAAAAUAUUGUCAUGGAUUUAUGCCGUCAUCGAAACAGAAUGUUGGACCUUUGGGUAGCGGAAGUUUUCGAUUUAAAUGAUGACGGCUUUAUAUCGCACUUUGAAAGACAUCUUUAUGAUAUCGACAAGUGAAACCAGUUUAAAUAUUCAAAUUGAGAGCACAGUGUUUACCAAAGGAGCACAUAUUCUCGUGUCAUUUUGACGUCAAUACGACUGAAACGAACGAUUAAGGAAGCACUUGUUUGAUGAUCGUAUAUAACAGGAAUGUAUUUUUAUGAAGUUCUUUUGUUACCGAAGAAGUGUUCAUCUGUAAGAAAACUCUAUAAUGUGCGUUGUGGUCAUUUAUUUAUUUAUUUAUUUAUUUAUUUAUUUAUUUAUUUAUUUAUUCAUUCAUUUAUUCAUUCAUUUAUUUAGUUAUUCUCAUUUUUGACAAAUAUAUAUUCAUUAAUUGUUCAUUCUUUGUGCUUAAAGGAUUUUUUUCUUUAUUGUCACUGAGUUAUGUAAUUUAGAAAGUUACAGAGACAAUCUUCAUAUCAUGUCGAUAUUAUUUUCAUGAGUAUUGUUUACAAAAUGCUACCUCAUUUGAUGCAGUAUAAAGUAUUUGGAUAUACAGAAAUGUAUUUAUUUCAUGAUAUUCCGUCCAGUAUAUAUUAUAUUGAUUUUUUAACUCGUUGAAAUAAAAAGAAU